CGAGCCACGUCGCCCAUUGCUCGCCAUUUUCCCCAAUCUUAGCGAGCUACACUCGCUUUUAUCUUCUUGUUCCCCCCCCCCCCCCAAAGCUAUAAGGCCACACAUUUUUUUCGUCACCAGAGUCGCUUUUAGCUCAUCGUAGAGUCUUCAUUUCAUUCCCGUCUGCUGGAGCUCUCUGCAACAUGAAUAUCUUCAGGCUCACCGGCGACCUGUCCCACCUAGCAGCCAUCAUCAUUCUGCUGCUCAAAAUAUGGAAAACCCGGUCUUGUGCCGGAAUUUCCGGAAAGAGUCAGGUCCUGUUUGCGUUGGUGUUCACCACUCGCUACUUGGACCUGCUCACAUCCUUCAUCUCCCUCUACAACACAACCAUGAAGAUCGUCUACAUCGGAUGUGCAUAUGCCACCGUGUACCUGAUCUACCUGAAGUUCAAAGCGACUUAUGAUGGAAACCAUGAUACGUUCCGAGUGGAGUUUCUCGUCGUCCCUGUCGGUGGCCUUGCAUUUCUGGUUAAUCAUGACUUCUCUCCCUUGGAGAUCCUGUGGACUUUCUCUAUCUACUUGGAGUCUGUGGCCAUCUUGCCACAGCUCUUCAUGAUCAGCAAGACGGGAGAGGCCGAGACCAUCACCACCCACUACUUGUUCUUUUUGGGACUCUACAGAGCUCUGUACCUUAUGAACUGGAUAUGGCGGUUCUACUUUGAGGGAUUCUUCGACAUGAUUGCCAUCGUUGCAGGGGUGGUGCAAACCAUCCUCUACUGCGACUUUUUCUACUUGUAUGUAACGAAAGUUCUCAAAGGAAAGAAGCUCAGUUUGCCUGCCUAAGUGCCUGCCACAGAGGAGCGUAUUGGCAGACUGAAAGAGGGGGACUGCCUGGGAGGAGGAGAUGCAGUGGACACCUCCGACCUCUUCUCUCCCCCUCCACCACCACUCCUUGCUCUUCCCCUCCCGCCAGGUUAAGAUGCCUGAGACAGAAAAAAGUAGGAGUGGCUGUCUGCAUCGUCUUCUGACCAGCUUCAGAACAUCUGCAGAAGCUAGUCCAUGCUUGUUGGGUAUCUGUUUGACGCAUCUUGCAUUAAUUCUUUUUAUUACUUUGUAUAAAGGAAGGGGGGGAAACAAGUGGGAAACAUUUUCUACAUAAAAACAAAAUUCUGGAAAUAUGUAAGAGAUUUUUUUGCAUUUACAAAUUCAUUUGGCCUUGUAUGAUAUUGAAAUGGCUAUGGUGGGAUAUUAUUCACUGUUUGAGAUUGUAUGUACAUUCUAAAUAAAUGCACAUUGCUUUUCCUUCACUUUUAUGUUGGAAGGUAAGGUAAUACAUCCUCCAAACUUAAUGUUAAUUGUAUUCUUCAGUUUUAGCGGUAAAAAUAAUUUUUUUAUUUUGUUUCCCCCAUGAUGUGAUUUUAUAUUUACAGUAACAAAAUUUUUCUGGGGAAAAGAGCAUGAUUGGAGUUUAGGAGUCUGUUAUUAUUGAAAUGCUUUCACAGUUCAUCAGUAUAGGUUAUUAUGUGUUCCGUUAUGCCACAUUGUUGCAUAGAUUGCUUAACAAAGAUAUCCUACACAGUAUCUUAAAAAUCACAGUGAGCACUUCUAAAGGUAAAUGGCUUUCUCAAGACAUCAAAUUCACUACUCUGAAUUUUCUUAGUUGCGAGAUACUUUACUGUGAGAAAAUGCAGAUUUAUAUUUUUGUUGGGUGCAGAUAUUUAUGUUCAUCUUAUGAUUCUCGUUUGUAAUGAACAAGAGUCAGAAGUGUCCCACUGUUGUGUAUAAUUGCAACAUUUAGAGCACUCUUCUGCUCUGUACUUGGCUUUGAUUUUACAGGUGGUCAUGCAAACAAUUGAAAACUUCCUUGAAAUUAUCAGAGCAUUUUCCACGUUGCCAGUGCCAGCACAAAUAAAGACUAUGAAAUCGCU